AUGGACAAAAGUAAUACAUCUGGCUAUGCUGAGGACAUUACCGAGACUCAGAAAUAUGCAAACCCUGAGAGAGCCAACAGGGGAAGUUUUCCUUUUCCACAUACAACCCUAUUGGGGGAAAGGAAAACUUUCAAAAGGGCGGCAAACAGGGGAAGGAAAUACUCCUGGGCAACGUCAAGUAGAACAUAUCAUUUGAGAUCAUCUGACAGUGCCAGGGUUCUUCGUUCUAGAUCAGUUGCAGAUAAGUCGCCUAGUGACGCUAUGCAAACUCAAAGAGAAAGAGCCGUGAAGAAGCCAACUGGCGACCCUGUGGACACUCCCCUAAAGCCAACUGCUAAAAGAAUAAGAAGGAAAAAAACAACAGAGAGUGGACCAGACGAUGAGUUAUUGAAAAUUCCGAAGGGGAUUAGAUACUUUUUGAAUCGGAUAAACUUUCAGCAAAGUUUUCUUCAAGUGUAUGAGAGUGAAGGCUGGAAAAAUCAAAGUUUGGAAAAGAUAAGGCCGGAGAAGGAGCUUGAACGAGCCAAGGCAGAGAUCAUGCGGUGCAAAUUAAGAAUACGAGAAGCUUUCCAGAAGCUUGAUAAUCUUCUAACUGUGGGGAAGCUUGAAAACACUUUGAUUGAUUCUGAAAGAAUGAUAUCUUGUGACCAUAUUGUUUGUGCCGCUUGUAGAUUGCAAGGCCCUACAUCAAAUAAUGGCAUCGUUCUCUGUGACGGCUGCGACAGAGGGUUCCACCAAAAUUGUUUAAACCCUCCUUUACUCACUGAAGAUAUCCCUGAGGCAGGAGAACGAUGGCUUUGCCCUGCAUGUGAUUGCAAGAUAAAGUGUAUAGAAUUAAUAAAUGAACACCAAGGGACAAAUCUUUCCAUUAAUGAUUCUUGGGAGAAAGUUUUUCCUGGGACAGCUGCGGUGGUAGACGGGCCUCUGCAAAAUGAUUUACCUGAUCUUCCUUCGGACGAUUCAGAAGACCAUGACUUUGACCCCAAUAUAUCCGAAGAACAUGUGGCUGGUCACAUGGAAGGAUCAUCAAAAGAGGAUGGGGAUGAAGGUUCAGACUCUGAUGACUCAAAUUUCAUCAUGUCUUCUGACAAUUCAGAACAUGUGAAGGAGAAAGAGAAAGUUGAUGACCUUGGAUUACCUUCAGAGGACUCGGAGGAUGGAGACUAUGAUCCAGAAGGUUCUUAUUCAGAUUAA